GGCCAUGUGGAGGCUGCACGUGCGCAGGCCGGUGACGGUGCACCUGAACUUCCGCAGCGAGCGCCACGUGUCGCCAACAGGGGCCGAGAAGUGGCUCCUCGAGGGCGGCUGGGAGCGUGCCGGCGAUAUCCAGAGCUCCCUGAGCACCGGCGUGCCGAACGGCCCGUACAGGGGCCCGGUGUACUCCAAG